ACAAAAACCCGGGCAUGAAAAGCACGGAUGCUGUGAAAGUAUACGAACAGUUACUUGAUCUACCUAAGGGUGAGGCAUUGCAGCACGGGCAUUGUAACGCCUCCCUGAGCCUGCCGUUGUUGGACCUCAUUCUUUCGCACAUCGAGGAUCAUGAAGCAAGGAAUAUCGUCUCGAUAGGAUCCGGUACAGGAUUACUUGAGCGGUUACUAGAGGCUCAUAGUCAGCGAAAAGAGAAGGUCGAGGUUUAUGGUAUUGAGGUGUCCAAGGAUGUGAACCUAUACCUCGAUCAAGAGAGGAUGCUCUACACAAACACCGACCUCGCCGUCUCUCACGUAGGGAGAGACAUCGUAUGUCCCAUACAUCAAAUCGGAGGACGUACAUGGCUAUGGAUAUAUCCCCGUCGUGUACAGCUCUUGGAAGCGUACCUCAAGAUCUACAGUGCGGAUGAUCCCGAAUGGGGCGAGGAAGGAUCACCGAGGACGAUUGUGAUUGUUGGGCCGAGAAGUGAGUUUGGGGUGUUUGAGGCGAGUGAGCUGCUACAGCACUGGGCAAGAGGAGGGGAAAGGAAGGUUUUGGGAGGCGUUGAGGCUGGGUUAAGGGAGUGGGAGGUUGUUGGGGUUUGGAAACGGGUGCCCUGAAGUGAGCCCAUAGUAGCGAGAUUCGCCUGGCCGAGCGCUAUCGAAUACUCGUGCAAAAUACCGCUCCAACAUCACAGCUAUUCCCCACCAAGGAUCCUUACGCUUCUCAACAAACGUGAAAUAUGUUGGGAUGUUUGGUAUUGGGUACCUUGUGACCUUAGAGCGGUUUCUUCACCUUCUGUGCGCGUGCGUAUAUCGACGGAAUGGUCGUUGGCCCGCUGUUCUUCAAUCGCACGGCGAAGAGGCCGGCCCUUAUAUAUCCCUCUUUGACCCCGAGUCAAACCCUUACCUGCGUGCACGCACCCUCGUUUCUAGCUGACACCAUUUUCCCAUUCGCACACGUAUAUACCAGACAUCACAGUCAACUCUGACCUCACGUCUGUGUCCACGACUCGAACUCGCAAUCGGGCUCGAGGGCACUCCGGGUAGAACAGUUUCUCUGGCCAUGGGUAAUUC